GCUAUAAGUGGUAAAUGCUGAGUAUCUGCUGGGCCUGACUGGUUAGAAUUUCAGAAGAAAUGAUGGAAAGCCAAGAAUUUGUUGUACUUUAUACUCAUCAGAAGACAAAGAAGUCCAAAGUGUGGCAAGAUGGAAUUCUGAAGCUCACCAACUUAGGAAACAAAGCAGUUUUAUAUGAUGACAAAGGAGGUUGUCUGGAGAGUGUCUUUCUUAAGCACCUUGAGGUUAAACCUGGCGAUGACUUAGAAAGUGAUCGAUACUUAAUCACAGUUGAGGAGGUUAAAGUUGCUGGAAGCGCAGCGCUGACUCAAGAUGUCAUUAAAGAAGCACCGCAGUUCAGUUCAAGGAGGAUUCUCCCUUCUGGCCGGUCCCUUGGAUGCCAGCCUGCUGGUUUAAAAAGGAAGUUUCCUGGUUUUCAUGUGCCACGCCAAGGUCCAAAGAAAAUAGCGACUACAGAAAGUGGUCUGCCUACUGCAUCACUUGAGACCAGGACACCUGGGCCAGCUUUUCUUCCUCCAUUCUAUGAUGCAUUGCCUUUGUUUCCUACUGCUUGCAAGAAAGAUGCAGAGAAUAUCCCCACAGAGCCAGAGAACAUCACUGCGUACAAUGGAGAAAAAGAUGGCAUGCCGUCUUCAUCUGUCUGUGCUCCAUCCUUCAAGAUUAACUCAGAAGCACUAUGUGGUGACAAUUAUUUUUAUUCUACUAUCAGCUCUGUGAGCAAACACUCAGACUCUUUCCUCACCAAUGAACCCGUGAAAAGAGACGGGUUAGCAUCUCACUGUUUAGGAAUUUCACAGAACAUCAGGAGCAAAGCACAGAUAGUGGCUCUGCUGAAGUCCAGAUCUAGUGCAGGUAAAGAACUAAACUCAGAGAUUACAGAACAUUGCCCGUACAUGCAGCCCCAAGAACAGUUUAAAACUCCGACCAAAGCAAAGUGCUUAGUUGAACAGGAAAGGUAUGCUGAGGGACUGAACACAGACACUUUACAAUACCAGCAUCAACCAGGCAAUACUGUGAUUAAUUACCAGCAUCAACCAGGCAAUCCCGUGAGCAAGAAAAGCCGAUGGGCCAUGUAUUUAUCCUCACAGAGUUCACAUUCUUCUGAUACAGAGGAAAGUGAUGUCGAAAGGAAACCCAAGGCCCAGGGAGAUGAUGUAAACACAGGUACGGGAGACCUGGUAGAAAAGAAGGUACAGCCCUCGGAAAUGCAUGCUGGAAUGGGGGAAGAGUAUAAUGAAGACAAGCAAGUCCUGGAUCAUGAUCCACCCUCCUGGGAUCAGGAAAUAAACUGUGGCAUUCCGUCAGCCAGGGAAAGCAUUAGCUCGCCAGAUACCUAUAGCAGUGAAGCAAAUGAUGGCUUAUUCUCAGUACCUGGUGUCCAAGGAAAUAGUAAAGGGCCUUGGGAUCAUAAUGACCAGAUAUGCAGAAAAGGACCAAUUCUUAUUAGAGAAAAUGCUCUAGGAACGCCAGAAAGAGAAAAAGAACACGAACAACCAGUGCCAUCUUCUCUGCCAGACGGGGGGCAUCUACAAACCGAAUCUUCUCUAAGUAGCCGUUUUAGCAUCUCUGAUAAUUGUGCAGGCAUGUUUUCUAAAAGUAGCACAAAUAACGAAGGUAUCAGUGGUGUGAAUGAACCGAUGAGUAAGCUAACACAGCCGUUUUGGGAAAUAAAUUUUAAUCUGAACAAUUUUGAGACCAGUGACUCUGAGGAGGAAUCCCAGGAAAGCAGGAAAAUUAUUCAUGACUCAGAGUGUUUGGUCAAGGAAAUUUUGGUUCAUAAUGGCAGUUCAUGUUUUCAAAAGAGUCGUAGAGAGAGAAGGGGUAAGGAAUCUGACAGAGACUAUUUGCCUCCCUCCACGGCGACCGGAGACAAACCUGUUGAAGGCUCUCCGUCAUCUCAGCUUAGUGCAGGAACCUGUGUGCGUUUUGACACAGCGUCUUGCAAAGCUGGGAACAUUGGGAAAGAAAUCCAGGAGGACCGUGGUGACACAUUAAGUAAUGUAAGCUCAUCUUUAGAGUGGAUCGAUGAUAAACAUGUAGACAAUAAUGAGGAUGCUAAUAAAUCUUUUCAAAAAGUUGACGUUGACGUUGGUUUUGUUUCACUCCCAAGUAACUCUGAAGACUCACAAACAAAUGUCCAUGCUCAUCAGCUUUUCAAAAGAGUAACUGAUCAGACUCCUGAAAACCAUCACCUCUUUCCAGAAGACACUCAGCCUGAGUCCUUACUGUUGGGAAGUGAGCUGGACAGAAAUCUUGAUGGACAGGCUUUCCCAUCCCCUUCCAGCAAUGACAACAGUAUCCAGCUAUUAAAUACCAAUCAAGAUCAUUCUGCAUCUAGUACACUCGGUAAAUCAAAAACCCAAUUUUCUAAUUCUUCACUUUAUCAUCUGGGAAAAAAGCCUUUUUCCGACGAGCCAGAAGUGCAUAGUUCCGAAUCUGCAGACUUGGGACAGAUUGGAGCUUUACCCCACGGACACACUGAGCGAGAAAGUAGUAAGGAUUGCAGACAAUAUUGGAGUAAUCCUAGAAAUUCCCCAGGACUUUCUGUAUUAGAAAAUAACAUUUCCCUUUUAAGGUCUCUGACUGAACACAGUACAGCUUUGGAAAGCUUGGAGAUGUUGAAAAAGAAAAAUGCACCAUCUACACCACAGGAAACGGAGCAGACAUAUUCACCUGAUAGCAGCCCUGAAGCUUGGAAACCCCUUCCAACAGUAGUUUCACAAGCUAUGCCAGAAUCUCCUCAUCUGAGCCCGGAGUCUCCUCGACAGGUGUUAACAGAAGCUAAAGUUGAACCAAAUGAGCCAUUUGAGUCUUUUCAGUUUACUACAUUGGGAAGUGAAGAAAAGAAUGCUUUUCUAUCUGUUAUUCCUAAACAGAUAGAGACCUGUGACCCUAAGCUUGUUGAGUUUCAAGGGCACCAAGUUAAAGGAUCAGCGACUAGUGUUGUCAUGGUCAGAGGACACAGCUCACAGCGAGGAUGUAGACCAUUUCCUGAUAGGAUAGAGCAUGAAGAUAUUAGGACAGAUUCUUGUUUUCCAAAAUCCAAGAGGCCUGGCACGGGCAUGCAGAUUGACUUCUUGCAGGAGACUCCGAGAGAACACAACACUUCUACCCUGAGUCCUGUCUCUUCUUUUUCAUUGACUCCAAGAGAUGAACACUUCAUUACUGAAUUCUCCGAGGAGUCCCUGAAAGCAAGAACGUUACCUGGUGACCUUCACUUUUUCACCUUGAAAGAUAUUGUUGCCAUUUUCCUUUCAGGAACGAAAAAGGUAAAUUUUCUGGAGAAGAGGAACCAUCAAACGUUUCCAUUAGUAAGUAGAACCCAAGUUCCACUCAUUACUUUGCCUCCUGCUGAUGGGCCCCCCAAGAUGGAUUCUUACUCAAAUGUGAUCAGCUGUGACAUGCCAGCGACUUCUGAUUCCCCUUUGUGCAACGUGCAUGAUGAGUCAACAUUUCUGUCUUCUAGCUUUGAGUCUCAGGACCGAAGUGAGGCUUUUUUCUUUGAAAACUCUGGGGAAGAGACCCCAGGGAGUCUUUCACUUCUCAGUAAUAUUUCUUCCCAAAGCAAGUGGCUGAAAUAUCAGAACAUACCCCAGUGUAACUCGACUACUCUGCACAAAGUUGGUAAGAACCUAAAUGACGUCUCCUUUGCCAAGACUGUUCCUGGAACGCAUUUUAGUGACCUGGGCGAAAGGCGGAGAGAUGCUGGGCAUAAACGCUCUCAGGCCUCUGUGUGUUUGCAAAGGAUAAAAGGCAUGCUCUAUCAACAGCAGCAGGAUGUUAGCACCCAUCCUUUGGUUUCCAGAAAAGGAGCCUUUUCUCUGAAUUUAGUGCAGACUCCCAAGACUGAAGAAAUUCAGAAUGUGUUAGGAGAGUCAGCCCACUACUACCGCAGUGUAACAGGAGAUGUACAGGGGUUAAAUGCCUCCGAGCUACUGUUCCCAAGUGGACAGAAAAUAAAAUCUGCUUAUCUUCCCCAGAGGCAAAUUCACAUACCAGCUGUUUUUCAGUCUCCUGCUCAUUAUAAGCAGAUAUUUACAUCUUGCCUCAUAGAACAUCUGAAUAUAUUGCUGUUUGCAUUGUCACAAAGAUUGCACAAAGCUCUUUCAAAAGUUGACAUAUCCUUUUACACGUCUUCAAAGGAGGAGAACCAAAAACACGUAGAAAGCAAUGUGCCAUUCUGUCAUCAUCACCAACCUGCAAAACUCAUCAUGGUGAAAAAGGAAGGUCCAAACAAGGGCCGUCUCUUUUACACAUGUGAUGGACCCAAAAAUGACCGAUGUAAAUUUUUCAAAUGGUUUGAAGAAGUGUCUACAGGCUUGACACCGGCACAAUCUCGGCCCGGCCUGGUUUUAACUGACGUCAAGAGUAUUGGCUUGUAUUUAAGAAGUCAGAAUAUACCGCUGUAUGAGGAAUGCCAGCUUUUGGUGAGAAAAGGAUAUGAUUUCCAGAGGAACCGGUAUAGCAAACUAAAAAAGUUUACUGCUAUAUAUCCUGAGUUUGAUAAUGAACCUAAAAGCAAACUGUAUCUUAAGCUGAGUAGGAAGGAAAGUGCUUCAGCUUACAGCAAAAAUGAUCUUUGGGUGGUUUCUAAAACCUUGGACUUUGAACUGGAUACUUUUAUUGCAUGCAGUGCUUUCUUCGGACCAUCAUCUCUCAAUGAGCUAGAGCUACUACCCCUGAAAGGCUAUUUUCCAUCUAAUUGGCCCACCAAUAUGGUGGUCCAUGCACUGCUGGUUUGUAAUGCUAGCACAGAGCUGACCACUUUGAGAAACAUUCAGAACUACUUCAAUCCAGCUACUCUACCUCUAACACAGCAUCUACUAACAAUGUCUUCACCACCACCAACUACAGUUAGCAACAAGAGAAUCAAUAAAAAAUUUUUCAGUCCCCCAGCCUUCACCAAUACCAACACAAAACUUGAACUAAGCCCAGGAACAGCACUGCAGUUAGCUAGUGAAUUGAUUCAGGCACACAAGCUAAACAAAGACCAAGCGGCAGCCCUGAUUCAGAUAGCUCAGAUGAUGGCAUCACCGGAAAGUGCUGACGCAGAGGAACGGCUCCCCAUCAGGAUCAUACACGGUGUUUUUGGAGCAGGGAAGAGUUACUUGCUGGCGGUAGUGAUUUUGUUCUUUGUACAGCUAUUUGAAAAGAGCGACGUUCCUACAGUUGGGAACGUAAAACCAUGGAAACUUCUGAUUUCUUCCUCUACUAAUGUAGCUGUUGACAGAGUACUCCUUGGGCUUCUUAGUCUUGGAUUUGAGAAAUUUGUCCGAGUUGGGAGUGUUCGGAAGAUCGCCAAGCCAAUUUUACCUUACAGCUUGCACUCUGGCUCAGACAAUGAAAGUGAACAAUUGAAAGAACUCCAUGCACUAAUGAAAGAAGACCUGACUCCCGUGGAAAAAAUGUAUGUGAGGAAAAGUAUUGAGCAGCAUAAAUUGGGAACCAACAGGACUCUGCUAAAGCAGGUUCGAGUCAUUGGAGUAACCUGUGCAGCCUGUCCAUUUCCGUGCUUGAAUGAUCUUAAGUUCCCCGUAGUGGUACUGGAUGAAUGUAGUCAGAUAACUGAGCCAGCUUCUCUCCUCCCCAUUGCAAGAUUUGAAUGUGAAAAGCUAAUUCUUGUUGGAGACCCCAGACAGCUGCCUCCUACUAUCCAGGGUUCUGAUGCAGCCCAUGAAAGUGGACUGGAACAAACUCUCUUUGAUCGACUUUGCUUAAUGGGGCACAAGGCAAUCCCACUGAGAACCCAGUAUCGUUGUCAUCCUGCAAUCAGUGCUAUUGCUAAUGAUCUGUUCUAUGAAGGAAAUCUCUUGAAUGGUGUUUCAGAAACAGAGAGAAGCCCAUUAUUGGACUGGCUACCAACCCUGUGUUUCUAUAAUGUCAAAGGACUGGAGCAGAUUGAAAGAGAUAACAGCUUUCAGAAUGCAGCAGAAGCUGCCUUUACACUCAAGCUGAUUCAAUCACUGAUUGCAAGUGGAAUAGCAGGCUCUAUGAUUGGAGUGAUAACAUUAUACAAAUCCCAGAUGUACAAGGUUUGUCAUUUACUCAAUGCUGUGGACUUUGACCACUCCAGCCUUAAAGCUGUCCAGGUGUCCACAGUAGAUGCUUUUCAGGGAGCUGAAAAGGAGAUCAUUAUUUUGUCCUGUGUCAGGACAAAAGAAGUAGGGUUCAUUGACUCAGAAAAAAGAAUGAAUGUUGCCUUGACCAGAGGAAGGAGGCAUUUAUUGAUUGUGGGAAAUUUAGCUUGUUUGAGGAAAAAUCGACUAUGGGCACGUGUGAUCCAACACUGUGAAGGAAGAGAAGAUGGAUUGCAACAUGCAAGCCAUUAUGAACCGCAGCUGAACAAUCUCCUUAAAGAUUAUUUAGAAAAACAGAAGGAAAAUAGUGAAAAAGAAAAGUCUCAGUAAAUCGCUUUCACAAAAGACAUUUUAUAGAUAUUUUGUAUUUAUGUAUAUUCAAAUCACUUUACAACCUAUAUUUUUUAUAUUCUUUUUACCCCAAAACCCAUUGUUACAGAAGAAAAAAACAACACUUAAGUUAUUUAAAUAACUCAUCCCAAAAUGUUCCUUUACAAGAAAAUAUGUUAUUUGUACUAAGAUAGGCAAAUAUUGAAGU